AUGUCUGCCGCUUCCCUGCCACCCACCCAAUUCGCCUUCCGUUCCGCCUCAGGAAUCGGUCUCUCCGAGGGAGCUCCUGCUUUCGGAGCCCCUGCUGGUUUCGAAAAGCAAACAGGCAACAUUCGUGUGCUCCAGUACAGCAAGAACGGCCAGUACCUUGCCUGGGCCACCCCCGAAUGUGUCAAGGUGAUGGACGCUCAGUCGUUGGAGGUCAUCCAGGAGAUCACUGUCAAGGACAUUAUCGAGAUCGACUUUUCUCCCAAGGGAACUUUCCUUUCGACCUGGAUGCGACAGAUCAAGACUGAGGAUGGCGCGCACAAGAACAUGUCAAUCUAUGAGGUCAAGACUGGUCAGGAGUUGACCUCAUUCUCUCAAAAGUCGCAGAACAACUGGAAUGUUCAGUGGACUGAUGAUGAGGCUUACUGCGCCAGGAUGGUCUCAAACGAGGUUCACUUCUGGGAACCCAAGAACUUGACCAAGACCCCCUUCACAAAGCUGCGUCAGGAGGGAAUGUCCCAGUUCUCGCUCUCGCCAGGAAGGAGUACCUCGGUCGCCGUCUUUUUCGGUGAGCGCAAGGGAGCUCCAGCCAUGGUCCGCAUCUACUCGAUCACCAACUUCACUGUCCCACUGGCCAGCAAGUCGUUCUUCAAGGCCGAUCGCGUUCAGAUGAUCUGGAAUCAGCUUGGCACCAACGUCCUUGUCUGGGCCACCACCGACCACGACAAGACUGGAAAGUCGUACUACGGAGAGACCAACCUGUACUACUUGGCUGUUGCUGGCAACUUUGACUGCAGAGUCCCUAUCGAUGGCUUGAUUCACGAUGUCGCCUGGGCCCCCGCUUCCAAGGACUUUGUUGUCAUUCACGGACAGAUGCCCAACCCCAAGACGACUCUUUUCGACCACCGCGCCAACGCAGUUCACGAGUUUGGACGGGAUGCUCGCAACACCAUCAAGUGGAACCCUUGCGGACGAAUUUUGGUUUUGGCAGGAUUCGGUAACUUGGCCGGCAUCAUGGACUUCUGGGAUCGCAAGACUCUCAAGAAGAUUGCCAGUGUCUCUGCCCGCGACACCACCGCCUGCGAGUGGUCUCCCGACAACCGCCACAUUUUGACCGCCACCCUUAGCCCCCGUCUCCGUGUCGACAACGGUUACAAGAUCUGGCACUACACCGGUACUUUGGUUCACACCGCGGAGUUGAACGAGCUGUACCAGGUCAGCUGGAGACCCGCUGCCCCUGAGCUCUAUGCCAUCCGCUCUGCAUUGUCUCCUGCCCCCAAGCCCGCCGCCAACUCGGCCGUUGCAGCUGCUAACCCUGCUCCUGUCCGCGCAAUGGGCGCCUACAGACCUCCUCAGGCCCGUGGUACCCCUGCUCCUUCACUCUUCACUGAUGCUUCCGCCAACAACACAUCCGCAUCUGCCGCCGCUAAUGCUGCUGCUGAGGCCAACCUGUCCAAGGCUGCGUUGAAGAACAAGAAGAAACGCGAGAAUGCCAAGAAGAACAAGGAUAGCGAGGAUGGAGCACCAGCAUCUACUCCAGCAGCACCUACUGCAGGAUCAGGCGCCAACUCACCAGCCCGCUCUAAUACCCCAAGGCCCAACUCGAAUAACAGCAGUAACAACAACAACAACAGCAACAGCAACAACAACAGCAACAGCAACAACAACAAGAGCAAGCCCCAGAACGGAGCCCUCUUGCCAGCGACUACGACCUUGGCUAGCAGUCAGAUGACAGAGACUGAGAAGAAGAUCCGCAACGUUACGAAAAAGCUGAAGCAGAUUCACGAGCUCAAGGAGAAGCAGGCUGCAGGAGAGACGCUCGAGUUGACACAGCUCCAGAAGAUCACUGCCGAGGCAACCCUUUUGAAGGAGCUGGAAGCUCUGAAAGUUUAA